AUGAGCAACUACAGUGUGUCCUUGGUUGGCCCAGCUCCUUGGGGUUUCCAGUUGCAAGGUAGCAAGGAUUUCAACAUGCCUCUGACUAUCUCUAGUCUCAAAGAUGGCGGCAAGGCAUCCCAGGCAAAUGUUCGAAUAGGUGAUGUGGUUCUCAGCAUUGAUGGAAUAAGUGCACAUGGAAUGACUCAUCUUGAAGCCCAGAACAAGAUUAAAGGGUGUACAGGCUCUUUGAAAAUGACCCUACAAAGAGCAUCUGCUACACUCAAGCCUGAGCCGGUUCCUGUUCAAAAGGGAGAACCUAAAGAAGUAGUUAAACCUGUGCCCAUUACAUCUCCUGCUGUGUCCAAAGUCACUUCCACAACCAACACGGCCUACAAUAAGGCCCCACGACCCUUUGGUUCUGUGUCUUCUCCAAAAGUCACAUCCAUCCCAUCACCAUCGUCCGCCUUUACUUCAGCCCAUGUGACCACUUCUUCACAUGCUUCCCCUCCACCCAUGGCUGCUGUCACUCCUCCCCCAUUCACUACAUCUGGACUGCAUGCUAAUGCCAAUCUUAGUGCUGACCAGCGUUCACCUGCACUGAGCGCUGUUAAAACUGCAGUUAAUGUCCCAUGGCAGCCCACAGUCACCAACGUGUGUUCCGAGACUGCUCAGGAGCUAGCAGAGGGACAGAGAAGAGGAUCCCAGGGUGACAGUAAACAGCAAAAUGGCCCACCACGAAAACACAUUGUGGAACGCUAUACAGAGUUUUAUCAUAUACCUACCCAUAGUGAUGCCAGCAAGAAGAGACUGAUUGAGGAUACUGAAGACUGGCAUCCAAGGACUGGAACUACUCAGUCUCGCUCUUUCCGAAUCCUUGCCCAGAUCACUGGGACUGAACAUCUGAAAGAAUCUGAAAAUGAUAGCACAAAGAAGGCAAAGUAACAUUCAAGAUCCUCCUCAGCAAUUGACUUCCUCUAUAACCUCAAUACGGAGCAUGCCUGAGAACCUAGAAAAUCCAGCCUCUGCCAAACCAGGGGUGGCCAGCUUCACAACUGCUACUGCCUUCAAGCCUCUGACUUCCACCGAUGUUGUCAAGUCACCAAGUUGGCAACAAUCAAACCAAGCAGCACCUUCCACUGGAAGAAUCUCAAACAGUGCAGCUUCCUCAGGAGCAGUGGCAUCAGCCAACUCAGCUGUGGGUCAACCCCAGCCAAGUGAACAGGAUACUUUCGUGCAAAGAGCUGAGCACAUUCCAGCAGGGAAACGAACUCCAAUGUGUGCCCACUGUAACCAGGUUAUCAGAGGACCAUUCCUAGUGGCACUGGGAAAAUCCUGGCACCCAGAAGAAUUUAACUGUGCUCACUGCAAAAAUACUAUGGCCUACAUUGGAUUUGUAGAAGAAAAGGGAGCCCUGUAUUGUGAGCUGUGUUAUGAGAAAUUCUUUGCUCCUGAAUGUGGUCGAUGCCAAAAGAAGAUCCUUGGAGAAGUCAUCAAUGCUUUGAAACAAACUUGGCAUGUUUCCUGUUUUGUGUGUGUAGCCUGUGGAAAACCCAUUCGUAAUAAUGUUUUUCACCUGGAGGAUGGUGAACCCUACUGCGAGACAGAUUAUUAUGCUCUAUUUGGUACCAUAUGCCGUGGGUGUGAAUUUCCCAUAGAAGCUGGAGACAUGUUCCUGGAAGCUCUGGGCUAUACCUGGCAUGACACUUGCUUUGUAUGCUCAGUGUGUUGUGAAAGUUUGGAAGGUCAGACCUUUUUCUCCAAGAAGGACAAGCCACUUUGCAAGAAACAUGCUCAUUCUGUGAAUUUUUAAAAGUCAACAGUUUAGGAGAAGAGAAGAAAUUUGAUGAGAAAGAGGAGAAUUUAAAUUACCAAUUAAUUUUUAGAUAUAAUAUUUAUAUGGAGUUUUGAAAAAUAAUAGUGGCCCUGAAGGGAUAAGUUCCAGUUUUAAAAAGCAUGUCUAUGAGGAAAUAUUUGGCUUCAUAAAGUAAAGAGACAGUUUGGCAUUUAUUACUACUUUUUUUUCCCCUCUAUAUUUUCUGCCCAUAAAAUAGCUUUUAUAAAAACCAAUUUCCUGGUUGACUAUUAAAUUACUCUUAGAAUAAAUUAGUGAAGAAUUAAAUUUUAAAAUAAAAACUUCACCCUCUAUGAUGAAAUAAUUAUACUUUCUUUCCUUGUUAGAUAAUUUUGAGUAAAUCUCUAAUAGGUAACAAAAAAUGCUUUACACAUUUUUCAGUAAGAGAAUUAACUAUAUUAAAAACUAAGUGAUAGAUGUUUAUCUUUAAAACCCUUAAGAGUUUAAACAGAAUUUUAUCAAAAGUAGGUGUCAAUUUUUAAAAAAU